AAAUUGAAGUUUGUGGUUAGAUUCAUCGUAUCGAAGCAGGCGUUUGGUUGUCCAUCAACACUUGAAAAUUUUCAAGGAUCUCCAAUUUCAGAGGCAGCACAUUUUUUCUGGAGAAUUGUUUAUUUCUUUAGAAUUAGGAAAAGCAGUUGAACAAAAUGUCGCACACGAUUCUGUUGGUUCAACCUGGAAACAGACCCGAGACCAGGACUUACUCCGAUUACGAGAGCAUAAAUGAAUGCAUGGAAGGUGUCUGCAAGAUAUAUGAAGAGCACCUGAAAAAGAAAAACCCCAACACACCGACGAUAACAUACGACAUUAGUCAAUUAUUUGAUUUCGUUGAUCAGCUGACAGACCUCUCGUGUCUGGUCUACCAAAGAACAACGAAUACCUAUGCACCGUACAAUAAGGAUUGGAUCAAAGAGAAAAUCUACGUCCUUCUACGUAAAGCAGCUGGUCACAACGAGUAAAUUCCCAGAUUUCUCGAUACAAUCUGUUAUAACACAAAAAUACAUAAGAAAUUAACGUCUAGAUUACCUAAAUCAUAUGAAAUAACUUAAUGAUAAUUGUCAUGGUAUUUCUCUACUGUUUAUAAAAUAUAAAUCGAUUUAAGGAUUA